AUGACAUCAACCACUCCUACUCGAAUCGGUUAUAUCGGACUGGGAGCUAUGGGUCUAAACAUAGCUCGUAACCUAUCCAAACAUAUAACUAAGAACAAUCUUCCACCAUUGACAGUGUGGAAUCGAUCUUCUUCAAAAUACGAAUCAUUGAAACCUGAUGCUCCUAAUGCUCGUUUCGCUAAACAAGUCGAAGAAGUAAUCGAUAGUUCAGAUGUGAUUUUCACAAUGUUGAUAGAUGAUAAUGCUGCUCAAGAAGUUUAUGGUAAAUUAUAUGAUCAUUUGAAGUCCAACAAACAGCAAGGGAAAAGAGAGAUCAUUUUUGUUGAUCAAAGUAGCCUGAAAGCCAUUACUACUGGCAAACUAGCAGAACAAGCUUCAUCUGUAGGAGCGACGUAUCUCGCUUGUCCAGUAUUCGGAAGACCUCCAGCAGCCGAAGCAGCCAAACUUCUGAUUGUCCUAUCUGGUCCUCAAGAAGCUAAGGACAGAGUCAAAGAGUUACUCAUUCCCGUUAUCGGAGAUAGGAGCGUUGACGUUGGUGAAGAUGUCAAGAAGGCGAGCGCACUGAAAUCAAUGGGAAAUAUGGUUUUAUUAGGUUGGAUUGAACUUUUGUCAGAAGCAUAUGCUCUAGGUGAUUCGAUAGGUUUAGAUUCCCAAGUAUUCAAUGGUUUUUUAGAACAAUUUAUACCUGCUCCCCCACUCUUAGCAUACUCCAACACCAUUUCCAAAGGGUUGUUCCCGUCCGGCAAAGGGUUUUCAAUUGAUGGCGGAUUGAAAGAUGCACGAAACAUGAUCUCACUGGGAUCAGAUCUUGGCCAUCCAGUCUCUCUCCCAACGAUCGAAAGAGCUAAAUCAAACAUGGAAAGAGCGAAAGAAUUAAGUGGUCCUUCUCAAGAUUGGUCAGCUUUAGCGGCUGCUGUAAGAGAACAAGCUGGCUUGGAACCUUAUCGCGAAGGUACCAAUAAUGGUCAAGGAGAUUAA